UAUUUGUCCAGUUCAGGAAUUAAUUCCAGAAACCCUCUAAACAGUCAGAGACAUGAUCCUUUGGCUGAAUCUCUGCCUUUUCUUUCUAGUCCUCCCAGGUGGCCAUGCAGAGGAUCUGCUGGUGGAGACCGGGGGCAGAGUUGUUGAACCUGGAGGCACCCUCCGCCUUACUUGCAAAGCUUCAGGAUUUGCCUUUACUGAUUAUAGCAUGAACUGGAUUCGGCAGCCACCAGGGAAAGGACUUGAGUGGGUGGCUGAAGUAAGCAAGCCCAGUGGAAGUAGCCAGUGGUAUAACCCCAAGGUCCAGGGCAGAUUCACCAUCUCCAGGGACAAUGCUCAAACUUCAGUCCAUCUGCAGAUGACAAGCCUGAAGCCAGAAGACUCUGGCCUCUAUUACUGUGCAAGAAGCACAGUGACGGCUUCUGUUUUGCAGCUUGUACAAAAAAGCUCUAAUUUCCCUCCAGAGCAGAAACCGUUAUGUGUCUUCUCUCAAGUGGUGCUGACUCAGUCAGACUCAGUACUGAAAAAACCCGGGGAAUCCCAUAAACUGAUCUGUGGCACAAGUGGGUUGACACUUAGUAGCACCUGGAUGAACUGGAUCAGACAGAAACCAGGCAAAAGACUAGAGUGGCUUGUGCACUAUUAUGGCACUGCUUCUGGGCACAGCUAUUAUUCUUCUGCAAUCCAAGGACGAUUCAUAGCCUCUAAGGACAGCACCAACUUCUACCUGCAGAUGAAUAAUGUAAUAGAAGAUGAUACAGCUGUUUAUUACUGUGCAAGAUACACAGGUAUCAGAAAAGAUGUUCUUACGUGA